AUGGCAUCAGAGAUCAAACCGCUGAGUUACCUGACUCUGUUGAAGUCGGGUCAGUAUUCCGACUUUGUCAUCGAGUGCCAAGGCGUCGAGUUCAAGGUCCACCGAGCCAUUGUCUGUCCCCAGUCGACCAUGCUGGAAAGAGCAGCCAACGGGGACUUCAGGGAAGCAAAGGAGGGACGGAUCAAGAUGACAGAAGAUGAUCCGCGUAUCCUGAGUCGCGUCCUGGUCUUCCUGUACACAAACGACUACGAGACAUCCAGCAUCCCAAAAUUCCUCCAAACCAGAAUCGCAUCCGCCGAACGCCACAUGGCUGAUACCGAACCAGACUACGGAUGUCCCGGGAUGGAAGAGCUCAUGGUCCAUUUAUUGGUCUUCAAGUCCGCGGACAUGCUCGGCAUCGAACCACUGAAGAGACUUGCAUCCAGUAGAUUCCUACGUGGGGCUUCUUCCAGGUGCCUUGACCCGAACUUUGCAAAACCGCUGAACCUGGUAUACGAGUGGACUCGGGAGGGCGACGAAUUUCUGCGCUGGCCUGUGACGGACAUCUGUCUUGAAAAGUAUCGCGACCUGCCUUCCUGCCCUGCAACGAUGCAUGUCCUUCAGAUGCACGAUCCGGUGACGUGGAGAGUUAUCACAGAUACAGAACUCCACGACCGACUCCAAGAAGAAUACCAGGCAGAAAUCCUGGAAGGUCUCCAAGAACUCCAGGUACUACUCGAGCCGUACGGUAAUGAUGGUGGCCAAGGAAGCUGA